CGCUUGCAAAGAUGUCCAAGGUGCAAUCGCCAAUUCUAACGCCGCAGUUAACCCCGUCCGUCACGGGUUAUAUCAACACCAAGCUAUGGGACGAACGACCUGUCCGAUACGCUGCCAACGUUCUCAAGCACGUGUGCAUCUUCCUGCUGAUCCUUACAGCAUGUGAAGAAGUCACGAGCUUCGCCAUCGGCCAGUCGCUCAAGAACUUUUUCCAGAAGUUGGGCUGGUCGAACAAAGGCUCUACCUCCAUGAAGCUCACGUACGAUUCCUUCAGCCAGUUCAUGUGUAUCGUGGCUGGGUACAUCGCUGACGAACGUCUAGGCAAAUUCAAGACGCUGUUGUCGGCUGCCACGUUGGACUCGUUUGGUCUUCUCUUCCUUGUGAUCGCCGCUCUUCCAGUAGUCUUGGACAACCACCUCGGAGUUAGUAAGGCGAUCUUCAACAUCGGUCUCUUCCUCGGCGUCGCAGUCUCUCAGAUCUGUCUACGAUCACUUGUGAUCUCGUACGGAGGCGACCAGUUCUCCCCUGCCGCCCCACCUUCGGAGAAGGCGUUGUUCUUCAGCAUUCAGUACUGGGUUGCCAAUAUCGGAGCAUUUAUCGGCUACGCGGUGUUCCCGUCGGUGUCAAUCCACGGCUUUGGUGCGAUUCCAGCGGACUAUGGCUACGUCAGCGUCUACCUCGUAGGCUUCGCUAUGUUGGUGAUCUUCGUGGCGUUGCUUUGGUUUACUCGCAAACGCUACGUGAACGUACCUCCAACCAAACAGUCGGUUGCUCUAGUGAUCAAGAUAGUGCUCAAUCAUGCCAAAAAGAACUUCAACGCUCAGAUGGUCGUGUUUGGUACGAUCCUGUACAUUGCUGCGUUCCUGCUCAACAUCCUGGCGUCGAUCCUGUCCGACCAUGGUGAGGUGGGUCACAACAUAUCGUACGCUUGCGGUGUGAUGAUCGUCAUCGCUACGAUCCUUUGGGUUUACUUUGGUAAGAGCUCCGAGUUCAUGGAAUCCGCUAAAGAUACCGUCGGUGGCCGAUUCGACCCCGAGCUUGUGGACGGAGUGAAGCAAGUCAUUCGUAUUCUACCAUUCAACGCUUUCAAUGUGUUUUGGUGGGUUUGCCAGAACCAGCGCGGCAACAACCAGUCCAUCGUCCAGCAGACUGAUACUCGACUUGGUAGCGGCCCAUUCUCGUCUCAAAUGCCCGGCCCAACCGUUCAGAUGUUCAAUCCGAUUGGUGUCUUAAUCUUCGUUCCUUUAAUGGAGAAAGUCGUGUACCCAUUGUACGAGAAGCACGCUGGAAAGCCUGCAAGUCGGUACGGUAAGGUUCUUGCUGGUUACUGCACGGCCGUGGUGGCUAUGAUCUGGACGGGUUGUUACGAGAUCAUUCGUCGUAGUACUUCUCCGCUUACCUACGUCGACUCGAACGGUGUGACGCAGUUCAUGAUCAAUGAUGACGGUAACCAGGUGAUGAACGACAUUCCAUGGUGGACAGCUAUCCCACAGUACUUGCUCGUUGCGCUAGCUGGUGUGAUGAUUGCCAUCCCGUCCUAUGAUAUUAACUACUCAGAGGUGCCUCAGAGUAUGCGCAGUACGUCCAUCGCGCUUGGCUUCUUUGUGAACUCGAUGGGCAGCACGCUACUCUCUAUCAUUGUACUGCUCUUCGGUAAGUAUAUCCCAGCCGACCUGAACAACGGCCACAUCGAGUACAUGUUCUUCACUCUGGCGGCGGUUAUGGUCGUCAACAUCUUCUUCUACGUCAUUGUGAUGAACAAGAUGCAGCUGGGAAUGAUUCCGCGCGUGAAGAAGGCCGGUGAAAAAGAAGACGAGGAGGAAACUCGGCGUGCGGCUGUGUAAGUUUUCGGAGAUACUAUUAGUAUUUUCGGGUUGUUAUGUAAUGAAUCUCCCUUUAUUUCUGUGUACA